AUGCGAACGUUUUGCUUUCUCCCGCAAGUGUAUUCUCGAAGUCUACGUCACCAACAUAUCCACGGAGGUCUCCCGGACCUACUAUACCUCAACUAA